AUGAGCAACAAGACUGUCAACGUUGCCGAGUACCUCUUCACCAGACUCAAUCAGCUGGGUGUCAAGGACCUUCACGGUGUACCUGGAGACUUCAAUCUUGUCGCCCUUGAUUAUGUCGAGCCAUGUGGUCUUAACUGGGUCGGCAACUGCAACGAACUGAAUGCUGGAUACGCCGCUGAUGCCUACGGUAGACUGAUGGGCAUGGGAGCUUUGGUGACAACCUUUGGAGUCGGUGAAUUGUCUUGUCUCAAUGCCAUUGCUGGAUCUUUCGCCGAGUUCUGUCCUGUCGUCCACAUCGUCGGAACGCCGAAAAGAGCGGCGCAGAAGAGUGGCAUGCUUUUGCAUCAUACACUCGGAAACGGCGACUUCAAUGUCUUUGCCGACAUGUCCAAACCGAUCACAAUCGCCCAGACCAACCUCAUGGACCCUGCGACAGCACCGGCCGAGAUUGAUCGCGUCUUGCAAGCAUGCUACGUCAACAGCAGACCUGUAUAUAUCCAACUGCCUGCCGAUAUGGUCAUGGAAGAGGUGGACGGUAAGCUGUUAGACACUCCAGUUGACGUCAAGCCACCACAAAGCGACAGAGAGACUGAGAACCUGGCGACCGAGAUCAUCCUGAGAAAGCUGUAUGCAGCAAAAAGACCGACACUUCUGCUCGAUGCGGGUGCUCAACGCCACCGUGUCGAGGACUUGACAGAGGACUUCGCCCGCAAGACUGGACUCCCGACGUUCAUCACUCCCAUGGGUAAAGGUGUCGCCAACGAAGAGUCGCCAAACUAUGCCGGUAUAUACAUUGGUAAAGGCUCAGAAGAAAGUGUCCGCACCAGAAUCGAAGAGAGCGACUGCGUCAUCACCAUCGGAAACGUCAAAUCAGACGUCAACAGCUUCGGCUUCUCGUAUCGCAUCGGUCGACUGACUUCGGUGGAUUUGCACUUCGACCACGUCGUCAUGGACUGCGCCAAGUUCGAGAAUGUCUACAUGAAGUGGCUGCUGGAGAGACUUGUCCGCGAGGUGGAUCCCUCAGAAAUGCAGAUGGAGAAGGUUGACAUGCCUGUUCGCAAGAACGUCGAGCUUACCAACGGCGAGGCGGCGACGCAAGACGUCACUCACGCCUGGCUAUGGCCACGCAUCUCUUCUUGGUUGAGGACGGGAGAUGUAGUAAUUACCGAGACUGGUACAUCGUUCGUCGGUAUCUGGGAGACCAAGUUCCCAGCAGGUGUACAAGCCAUCAACCAGACCUUGUGGUCGUCAAUAGGCUAUGGUCUCGGAGCAGCUCAAGGUGCGGCGUUGGCUAUGAAGACGUCCGGCGGAGGUCGGAGGACGGUCUGUUUCGAAGGCGAUGGCUCGUUCCAACUCACCGCUCAAGAGCUGUCAACCAUCAUCAGACAAGACUUGGACUGCACGAUCUUCCUGAUUGAGAAUGACGGAUACGAGAUCGAGCGCUGGGUGCAUGGCAUGAAGGCCAAGUACAACGAUAUCAGCAAAUGGAGAUACAGCAAAAUUGCCGAGGUCUUCACGCCAGAGGAGGAGGUCUCCCAACAUCGUGUCAAGUCGUACAAAGUCAGCACUCGCUCGGAACUUGAGGAACUUUUGGCAGAUGAGGAGUUUUCGGAAGGAAAGGGUUUGCAUUUCGUCGAGCUGCAUAUGCCAAGAUAUAAUGCACCGCAGACACUCAUCGACUUCGCCCAGAGCCUGUCGAAGAAGCCUUCGUGA